AUGCCUUGGUACCAUGUUGCUGAGCCCAAUUCCUACCUCGUUGUUACGGGUGUAGGAAUUGAAAAAGUCAAGAUUCAGAAGAAGGCUUUCGUGUACCCCUUCCAGAAAGUGUCAAAAAUCAGUAUCACGCCUUUCGAUUUCUCCAUGUCGCUCCAGGCCAUGACCUUGGAGAAGCUUAAUUUCUCGCUACCAGCCGUCUUCACCAUUGGCCCCGCAGACGACAUGCUUUCACUUGAGAAAUAUGCUGUUCUCUUGACAGGCGAGUCGGACGGACGGCCAACAGCCAACGCAAACAAAGGCGUCGUGGCUGUAGCCGGCAGCGAAGGCCGCAGCCACGUUCAAGAUAUUGUGAAGGGUAUCAUUGAGGGUGAGACGAGGGGUAUCGUGUCUACUAUGACCAUGGAAGAGCUGUUUCGCGAGCGGAAGGUAUUCAAGGAUAAAGUCAUACAGUCUGUUCAGAGCGAACUAGACCAGUUUGGUCUCUGCAUCUACAAUGCCAACGUCAAAGAACUCCAAGAUACGCCUGGCAGUGAAUACUUCGCCUUCCUCUCUCGCAAAGCUCACGAAGGUGCACUUAAUCAGGCCAAAGUCGACGUUGCAGACGCCCGGAUGAAGGGUGAGGUUGGUGAAGCCGAGAAGCAGGGCAAGACCAAGCAAGAGGUUGCCAAGAUUCACGCUGCCACAGCAGUCCUUGAAACCGAGCGCAAAGCUGAAAAAGCAACAGCCGAUGCAAAGCUCACCAACAUAGAGAUUGAGAUUGGAAACAAGCUGAACAUUGCGCGUAUCAACGCGAAGAGGGAGGCCGAGCAGCGGGAUGCAGAACUCAACACCGAGGUUGAGAAGGCAAAGGGGUACAUGGAGCUUGAGCAUCUGCGUGCGACCAAGGUCGUCCAGGCCAGGAUCGAAAAAGAGUCUUCCCAGCAAAAGGCGGAUGCAGAGCUCUACGCCCAGCAACGCGGGGCCGAGGGUCUAAAGUUCAGCGAGCAGGCCGACGCCGAAGCCGCUGCGUACCGCCGACUGCAAGACGCAGAAGCCGACUUCAAGGCCAAGGAGCGCGAGGCAGAAGCCUCCUUCUUCGCCGAGACACGCAAAGCGGAAGCCGACUACUUCCGCCGCGAGCGCGAAGCCCAAGCACACCUCAUCACGCAGCAGCGCGAAGCAGAAGGUCUGUCCGCCAUGGCGAAAGCGUACGGCGAAAUGGCCACGGUCCUCGGCGGGCCCCAGGGCCUGAUGCAGUGGAUGAUGCUGUCCAACGGCACGUACCAGCAGCUGGCCAACGCAAACGCAAAAGCCAUCCAGGGCCUGCAGCCCAAGAUCAACGUCUGGAACACGGGCGCGCAAGGAGGCGAAGGCGCCGCCAUGGAUGCCACGGCGCCGAUUCGCAACCUUUUUCAGAGCCUGCCGCCUUUGCUGUCUACCAUUCAUGAUCAGACGGGCAUGGCGCCGCCCGCGUGGCUGGCGCAGAUGCCGCAGAGCCAGGAGUUUGACCCGAAGAAGUUUGCGCUGAGAAACGGGAGUGAGACACCGUAG